AUGAGUCACAGGACUGACUCUUCUUCGUCAUUGAACAAUGAUGAGAUUGAAAAUAAUGUGAUGCCGUCGGAUGCGUCUCCUGAAAAUAGGAAACAAGACUCAAUGACUGAUUAUGGCUGGGCGAAUUUCAAUGCAUUUGAAAAGCAAGAGUCCGAGAAUAAUAAAGAAGAAGCGUCGAACAGCAAUUGGGCGGACUUUCAACAUGUCGAUCGAUCGAACGAAGAAGACGAUGACGCGUUCGGCGCUUAUGGUGAAGUACAAGAGCGUCCGAAAACGAAAUCUCCGACUUUCUCAGUGAAUUCACUUAGUAACGAUCAGAUUGAAGCUGUGAUCUCAGCUUGUUUUCCAUUGGAGUCUCCAAGCUUAUGUACCGAAAAUGAUAAUCUCAUUUCUUUUCCAUUACCGACAUUUACAAAACGUGAAGAACAAAUCAAACAAAGCCCCGCCUUUCAGCAUAGUCUUUCCUUGUGGAGUGUCUUGGUAAAUGUAUCAAAUGAUCCAUUAGGAAUCCAAUAUCAAUGGCGAAAAUCAAAUAUUGAACGUUCAUUUCAUCAAGCACUAGGCGUGCAAGAACGUUUUCGUACUAAAACAAUUCCAGCUGAUUCGCCAUGUGAUGAUGAAAAACAGAUUUCAAACGAUGAUGUUGAAACAAAAUUAUCAUGUCCGGUGAUCAGUCCAAGUUUCGAUUGGAAAUCCAAUGGUCUUGAAAAUCCUCUUACCGACAAUCAGAGUACAUUCCUUUCAACAGAUACGAACAGGAGUGAGAAUCACGUUGUUGAUGUGAAUAAAACCCUUGAUUUGGAUUACUACAUUCCACCGAUUUCGACGGCGAAUAAUCGACGUCAGCAAUCCAGUUUAGCCACGAUUGUUCAUCGAAAUUCCAGUCCGAACCCUUCUCUACAGUCCACAUCGAUCAAAACGAUGGAUCUCUUUCCAGGCUCGACGACGAUGAUAACUGACGAUGCAAAAGUAGUCCAAGAAACCGUUCCGAGUUUGACUUUUAUCAAUCCGAAAGCCUUACUGCUUUCCACACAGGCCAAUACAGAAUCAAACGUUUUCUAUUGA